AUGCGUGCUCUAGACCAGCACAGCACGCUGCAUAGCACCCACCCUUGUAUCAAUAAUGCUACUUGUACCAAGCACACAAGUAAGGCAGAGGAAUUGAGGGCGGCAAAAAAGAGCGGGAUUGCAACGAAGCCGGAUCUGCCAAAUAUGGAAGAUGUUGUGUUCAUGGAUUCUGAAAAUGAGAAUGUCUGCGACAAUGUCAAUAGUGUGGAAGAUGAAAAUGUAGAAGGAGAUGGUUUGAUCGUGCCUGAGGUUGGUAUGCAGUUCAAGGAUGAAAAAGAACUGUAUGCAUUUUAUGCAAGAUAUGCUUAUACCGUAGGUUUUCCAGUUAGAAAAAGGAGUUCGUCGAAGGAUGAUGAUGGUGUUUUGAGAUAUGUCACAUUCACAUGUAGUCGGGAGGGACGAAGAAGUGGUAAUACAAGCAUUUCUUUGAAGCCACACCCAACAAUUCAAACGGGUUGUAAAGCUCGAAUAUCUGCAUCUUUAGAUAUUCACGGAUACUGGAAAAUUAACAUGGUUCACCUUGACCACAAUCAUAAGACAAGUCCUACUAAGUCAAGAUUGUAUCGAUGUAAUCGAGAAUUGAGUGUACACGUGAAACGGAAGCUCGAAGUGAAUGAUAUAGCAGGAAUACCACUACAUAAAAGUUUUAACUCUGUAGUCGUUGAGUCUGGUGGCUAUGAGAAUAUGGCUUGCGUAGAGAAGGAUUGUCGGAACUAUAUCGAACAAGUGAGACGGCUAAGACUUGGUGAGGGUGACGCACUUGCAAUACAGUCUUACUUUUCUGAAAUGCAAUCACGGUGCUCGGGAUUUUAUUUCAGUAUUGACUUGGAUAAUGAUUUACGCCUAAAGAAUGUUUUCUGGGCAGACAAUUGA